UUCCCGCCAAUAUCCAGCAACUUCACACAACCAUUAACAUUCACCAGGCCACAAUCAACAGCCUGAUUAACUCUAUGUGAAGGAGAUAUGUCGUGCUGCAUGAGGCAAAUGGCUGUCACACCAGAGAAGUAUCUGUGAACAACAGAUGCAGAUCUGUCUCAGACAUGUGAAAUCCAUAGAUUAGGGCCUAAUUAAUUAAUUGCAGUCCAUAGAUUAGGGCCUUAUGCAUAUAUUUCAAUUGAAUGAUUUCCUUAUAUGAAAUGUAACUCUUUGAAAUUGUUGCGUUUAGAUUUUUGUUCAGUGUAUGAAUAUCGUUAAUAUCAUUGAUUGUAUGAGGUACAAAACAAUAAUAGUAUUGUGAUACUUUAUUUGUAAUUGCAAUAUUAGGUGGGAAUUGUAAAGUUAUCUCUGUGUGCAUCUAGGCCUUUCUGUAUCUGGUUAAUUUGUAAACGUAUACUGUAUACAGGACAGAGAGGUGCCUUCACUGGAUGAGAAUGUGCAGACUGUAUUUAUUCUAUGCAAUGGGAAGUGCAAUGUCUUGAAACUAUAUGACACUAUCAUUGCUGAAUAGAUUAGAUUUCAUGUGGAUGCUGUCCAAUACUUGAUUUUGCACAAGUAAAAGUGAAUGUACAGAAUUAACAAAGACAUGACUGCAACCAGGCUACUGAAAACAUAUUGUUUGUUGUUGCCUGUUGGUUUUAUUGUAGCAGAGGCCUCUUCGACUGUAUUACAUUCAGUAUGACGUCAUAUAUUCCCACCUCCAAUCCUGUGCCAGAGACACACAGCUUCCGGUUACAGUCUGAAGCUUGCUCGUUUUUUUCAGCCAAGCUGUUUAGUCUUCCGAGCGCGUGAGAGUGAAGGUGCUUCAACGAAGGGGGUCUGAGGGGAAGAAAGAAUCGUAAGAAGACAGAUGUGACAGAAAUGUCUGGUUUUUGGAACAAGUUUAGCUCUUACUCGAUGACGCAGCUCAACGAAAUGCUUGAAGAUGAUGACAAACUUAACAAAAUUAUUCAAGAAAUGGAAGAGAUGCAGGAUGUGCAGCAGAACAAGGAGAUGAUCCUGGCCAGUAACCGGAGCCUGGCAGAGCAGAAUCUUCAACUGCAGCCCAGCCUGGAACACCAGAAGACCCAGCUCACCAAAUGCUACGGCUCACUACAGGAGAGCUUUGAGGCCUACCAGGUCCACAAGUCCAAACUAGUGACUCCCCCACCAAUCCUUCAAGGCAAUGCCAAAGGGGGUUCUUCAGAAGAGACUCCCAGUCUAGCAGUGAGUGGGAGCCAGGAUGACAGAACAGACUCUGCUCCCCUGCCCCUUAUUAAAGCAGUCCACAGUGAGCCAUUGUGCUGCUGGGCAUGUGAGAGCCAAACGGUGCUAGAGGGAGACCACACCCCUGGGAACAGUUCAUUGGACACAUUGCUAGCUCUACUGCAGGCAGAGGGAGCCAAGAUUGAAGAGGAGACUGAGAACAUGGCCGACUCCUUCUUGGACGGCGAUGUCACCCUGGAUACCUUCAUAGACUCGUACCAGAGCAAGAGGAAGCUGGCCCACCUGAGGAGGGUGAAGAUUGACAAGCUGCAGGAGAUGGUGCUAAAGGGCCAUAGGCUGCCCCAGGUGCCAGUCUCUUGCUCCCAUCCCCAGGAGGUCUCAGCCAGGCCAGCCCACCUCUACACAGAGGUCAACAACCACUCCCCUGUGCCCCAGCCCAGGAGAGCUCCCCCUCCACCUCCAGCCCAACAACCCCCAGGUGUAGUCCCCCAGCCUGCUGUCUUCUCCUAUCCUGCCAUCCCAUACCCCCCUAUCCCCCCCAGGGCAGCCCACCUUUUGCCCAGUGCCAACCCGGAGCACCAGCACCACUUCAUGUCUCAGUGCCCCCCUGUCCUUCCUCAAAGGCCUCCCCCUCGCAUGGCCCCGCAGUCUGGCUUCAUGAUUCAGCAGUGAAGGGGGUACAGUACAUGCAGUGGACUUGCACUGCAAUCUUGCUGGAACUAUCUUCUGUGUUGUGUCAGGCUGUGAGCCUUUGAAUAUGGUACAACGUAAUGCAAAGGGGGUCGACUAACUUAGAUUGAAGGCUGGUCUGGGCAUGUUCAACUGAAAAACAGAAUCGAGUUUGAAUUUGCACUAUUCUCACCAGAAUCAGCACUCCAUUGCUACAACACCCCAGAAAGGACUUGACUGACCAGUUCUUGCGUCUGCAAAGUUAAAUCUCUCAGCGAUAGGGCUUUAGAUGUAGUCUAAAGUUAAAUAAAUGUCCAUUUAUGGUUAGCUGGCCUCUUAAAACUGGGCUUGGCCAUGACCCCAGUCAGAUGAGGCCUAUUUUUUUCAGCACUUUAUGCCCCUCAGGUGUUUCCUCAGUCCUCACUCUCCUCUUCCUGCCCGUUACAGUGAAGGUGCCUCUCAUCUGUCAUCUGUGGUGUCUAAAGCCGAAUGGGGACUAGAGCCAUUCAUUGUUUCUCAUUUGAUCUACAGUGUCAUUUGAAUGUUGUUUUUUAUAUUGUGUAAAAAGAGACUUCCCAGAAGACGAUGAUAAAUCAUAUGCAAUAGAUAUUUAGAGUACUAAUGUCAUACAGCAUUAUUGUUGCCAGGAAAGAUUAGACAGACAUUUUGAAAUAACUAAUUUGUGAGGUGUGUGCAUCUCUUCUCCAGCAUGGACAGUUGUCAAAAAAGAGUGUGGAUCUCAUGCCCAAUCCAAUAUGGAGGACAGUCGAAUUGGUCACUGUCGCUCAGGGCAGACAUUUACAUUUACAUUUAAGUCAUUUAGCAGACGCUCUUAUCCAGAGCGACUUACAUGUGCAAACAUGCACAUAGUAGGGGUGGGUGGGGGUUGGUGUCACAAACACUCUGAAACCUUGGCCUCUUGGUCUUGCCUGCGAACGAUCUGUCAUUGCCAUAUAAGCAAUUUACCUUAAGUGUUGUUUUAGUCAAUAAUAGCAUACUUGAUGCGCAACAGUUUUGGAAAAUUAUUUUUUUGUCCUUCCGUAUAUCACUCCUUUAAUCAUUGAAUGCCGUUUUCUCUUGGGUACGUUAUAAAGCUGAUUAUCGUCAAUGCUGUUGAAACAAGAUUAGUCUAUUUAAGUUCAUUCCGUGAUAUAACCAUAUACAGUCUAUAUCAAAUCAAGUAUAUACUGCAACUAAGCCAGUCAUCCACUGUUGUGUGAACAGUAAUACCCUCUGUAAUUGAAGGUAAUUAUCACAUUGACUGAACAAAGACUAUGUUAUCUUAAGAGAUUAUCCGGUAUUUUUAUAUACUUAGCCAGUAGAUCUGAAAGUAGUGCUCAUGAGCCAGAAGUGGUCUGCGAAAAUUGCGUACUAUGUCACAUAUGUGCACCACGUCAUUGCUCUGCUGUGUAUGCAUCUUGCUAGCUGUCUUGCAACUGGUGAAUGGCUUAAGCUCAUUGGCUAGAACUCUAAUUGCUAGGGGGCUGGUCCACAUGUAGGGAAAAUGUUGCACAGCUUCCAGAAAAACAUUCUCUUUCAAACUAGGGAUUUUGUGGCUAAUUGAAGUAAGACAGUAAUUCUGCUCAUAGAUUAUGAAUGUAUGAACUACACAUUGACACAUCAAUUCCAAAGCCGUUUGAGAAACCAUUGUGUAAAAUUACUAUUUUCAUACUUUCCUGCAUCCAUUUGUCAGGUUUAUACCCAUGUUAUGACAGUAGUUUGAGGAGUGCACACUUUUGAUCCAUAUGGAUGAAAUAUGAAAAAUAAUACAGUACCCAUCUAAAAUGUUUCUUGCACCAUUUUUAUUACAAGUACUAAUCCUAAAGAAGUCACGUAUCAUAAAAGAGUGUUUGGUUACCUUGGCCUAAAUGCUGCAGUUGUGCACUGUUCGAGCCACUGAGUGCCUUCACUGAACUGGACUGAUAUGGAAGAUCAUACUGCUGACUGUUCUAUGCCUCUUAUCUGUGUAAACUGACCAGGCUUGACUGCUCUUCUGGUCUGGAUCACCUUAGUUAGCCUCACCAUCAAUGUCUACUUCCCCAGCCUGUUAUCAUUUGCUGUCUGCAACCGAUGUGAUGGUGGUGCAUGCCCGGGGGCAGGAGAGGCUCAAGUUAGUCUGUCUGCCAGGCUUCUUCGCUCCAAACUGGUGCUAUGGGGCCGAUGCAGUUUUCUUCUGAAAAUGUGCCAGAGAGAUAUGUCCUUGGGGUAUGUGCCUAAUGCUUGUGAUACUCCUGCAGCUUCUUUGUACCAUCAACACAAACUGUGGUUUGCCUGCCCUGAGGUGGGUGACCACCAUUUAUAUUCUUAUGCAUAUCGGUGGUUUGCCAAGACAACAGGGCUCCUAUAUUUUUUAAAUGUAUCUUAAAAUCAAACAGAAAUGCAUCUUUCUGAGAAAUUGGCCAAAUCGGCGCAAUUUAGGUUGAAGUUAGGUUGAAGAAAAAGCCAUGUUCUCAAAUGCAAGAAAUGUUAUGUAUUGAAUACCAAUUGUUUUGAUAUACUUUAGCCUACCAGCAUUUCUAAAUGAAACUAAUCAUUGUGUGCAUAUUUUUAUUUGAUUGUGAUUCAUUUGAGUUUUUCUGCUGUAGCAGUUUGUUUAUAACUGGCACAAUUUGGCUGUUUGGGCUGCUUUAAAAUACAGGUUUAUUUUCAAUACUCAUGUAUGAACAUGUUGUUCAUUGUAAAUGUAGGUAUUUUGGCUUAUGAAGAUUGUAGAGGUGGUUGAUUAGAAUUAUGAAACUAUUUUUUUAAGGACGGGACAGUGAAUAAAGAAAUUGUUUUUUUUGUAUUGA